CGUUAAAAAAUUUUAUAACCUUCGAUAUUAAUUUAACCUUCCCAAAGCUAAAGAAUUAAAGUUUUUUCACGUCUGAAACGGUCGAUUUGUAAUUGAUGAAAUAAAAUUCUUUCAAUUUCCCAAAUCUUCGUUACUGAACUAACAAAAUUCUGAAUUCCGUAAGGAUUUUGAGAGAACGUCGUUCCACCGGUGCGAAAACGUUGGUUUGAGGUCCGCGCAUUAUUCCCCUCUCCAAUGCUCACAAUUAUUAUAACUGUCGUGUCGAACAUCCACGGUGAGAGGAAAAAAGAAUCGCUGACAAACGGAACUCUGCAAAGUGGAUAUUACGAUAAGAAUCUACGAGCGCGACCUUGCUUCUCGAUUCAUUCUCGAAACGAGUUAGAAGUGAAUAAAAACGAUGUUACCCGGAGACUCCUCUCCACAAAUUCUUCCCUCUCCCCUGGCUCCCUUAUUCGUUAACGAGACUUAACGCCAGUUUGAUCGCGGACUCCCGCGCAGUCGUUGCUUAAACGUCCUUUCCGCAACAAAUUCUCCGGUUUUUCUCCGUCGCGAUUGCACCUCUGGGAAGCCGAUGGAUCGAUCAAGCGUUGAUUCAACGAGGCGACCGGUCUUCGUCGUUCAGCUGGCCAGACGUUUUUCCCUACUCUGGUCGAUCAUAAUUUUUUUUUUGCAGCUUACGUGCUCAGCGCACAGUUCGAGUCUCCCCUCGCCCUCGCACCAACUCCGUCACCAAUCCCCGCAAGGACUUUACUACAGCCCGGUGCGAUGGACCAAGGUUCCCCAAACUGUUCGCCAAGGUCGUCCCGUCGACGUCAUGACCGACGUCGUGAACGAUCUCGGAGCGAAAAUCCUCGACAGGUAUCUCGACAACACAGGAAACGUGGCUUUCUCACCGAGUGGUCUCGGAUUCGUUCUGGUUGCCCUGUACGAGGGGGCUGCCGGGAGCAGCAGUCGCGAAAUAAGUGACGUGCUAGGGUUGCCUCGUGACAGGCGAGUCGUUCGAAUUGGAUUGCGGGACAUCCACCGAAGACUUCGAAGUUACCUCAACGCCGACGCGUUCCUGGGGGGCUUGACGCUCAACCGCGACGACAUCAACCUCCGUCCCGACUACGAGGAAACUCUCCGAUUCUACGGCUUCGAUAUUUCCGAUUCCGGGGCCGAAAACGCCACGACGCCGGGCGACGUUGCGACGAGCUCGACGGACUCUCCGCCGACGUCGACGACCAUGAAUCCUGAUCCGAAUGCGACCCUCGGCCCCACCCUGGACACGACGAGUGACGAUUCGACGCCAGCGACAGGAUUGAACGACGCCGCUGAGGUCGUGACGAACGUCACCGGCGAGCCCAGCUCCGCCAUGACGAUGCCAACGAACGGCUCUCUGUCAACGACCCCGCUCAAUUUGACUCUAUCGACGAUCACGAGUUUGACGAAUAUUACAACUCCGACGAACGUAACAGCGACGACCCCGAUGUCAACCGAUUCCACGACGCCUGGCACCCUUUCGAGCUCCGGAUCACCCACGAUGUUGGCCAACGCUCAAACUGCUGCCUCGAACAACAGCAGCAGCACGAAUACCCCGAGCACGAUUAUGCCGAUGUCGAGCCUCGUGGGAACCCCGAGCGAGCUCCCCAACACGCAAACCCAAAGUUCAAAUGGAUCGAUCACAACACCAAUGACUCGAACGUUAACGACCGUUAUAAAUUCUACUCCAACAUCGAGCCAACCGAGCACCUCCGUGUCCACUGCCGGUUCGACGUCCACGUCGAGCCGGAACGCCACGAAUGCAAAUUCAACGGGAACGCUCGUCGACAACCCUACGACGAAUGUGGUCGAGGACACCGCUACGAACGUCGUUCGCAAACGUCGGGGCCUUCCGAAUCACCCUGCAGGAUAUUUCACCAGCACUGCUGACGAUGGCAUAUGGCUCGAUGAAUACGGCAGGUUCAAUACCAAUCACGACGAUUACCAAUCUCAGAAAGAUGAUGUCGCGGUUGAUCCGAAACGUCAAACUGAAAUCGCCUUUCUCGUCAAUGGCUGCGAUUAUUCCCGAGUCACGGGCGCUGUCUACACAGCAUUUUUACCAUUUUCAUACUUCCCAUCGCUGCAAGCUUCUCUACUAGAAUUCCCUCUGGAUGAUCCUCGUUACAAAAUACUCAUUAUGCUGCCGAGUGACGAAAACGGCACGAGACGAUUGGCAAGGACGUUAGCAACGAAGCCGAUUACACUGAGAAAUUUACGUCGAUCUCUCCAAUCCUCUUGGGUCACUGCAGUCGUACCGUCGUUCAUGCUUCGCGGAUUCGUCACAUUGACUCCGUACCUGGAGAGGCUGGGCAUCUCGGACGUGUUCGAUCCCCGAGCAGCGGAUUUGUCCCCGAUGAGUCCCGACCUGGGGGUUUACGCGAGGGACAUUCAGCAGAGCAUAGGCGUGAACAUAAGGAACGAUGUUAAAGGUGGAAUCGGCGGGGCGGACGGUGGGAACGCGGCUCAGAGUCAGCGGUCGCAGCAACGCGACGACCUCGUUCGUCGCGUGCGCGGUGUGCACGGUGUUUUGCCAUUUUUCCUUGCAGGAGGGGCCAUUUCCCCGCGUCUGGAGGGGCAUCCGCCCCCGCACUAUCCGGUCUACCCGGGAGCAGGCACUUUGUACGAGAGAGCGCCCCCUGUGCCGUUCGUGGUGGAUCGACCAUUCCUGUACUUCAUCAUCGAUGACGAAACUUCGGUUACUCUGCUGACCGGUCGAAUCGACGAUCCCCUAAAUUCAAGGAUGCUCUGAUGAGUUUGACGCUAAUUAAAAAUUAAACAAUUGUCCGACGAGAAGAACGAAUUUCGAUGGGAAAAUAAGGAAGGAGACGUAAUAAGAUGACGCUAGUGAAAACACGCACAUCAUGGCUCUCUCAUAACCACGUGAAAAUUUAUUAAUCGAUACUUAAAGGUAAUAGCUCUCCGUGUAGCGUUAUAAAUAUUGUCAAGUUUCAUGUUAUUUAAGAAAGUUUUCAAUUUUCUUUCGCUUCA